AUGGAUUUGGUGAAAGUUGGUCCAGCGGGAGUACAAUCUCAAAGAGGAACCCUUUGGGAUGAAAAGGGACGAGAAGAAGUAGCCCAGAUGUUUGCUGCAUACAAUCAUAACACAAUUUAUUCAGUGCAGUUCCUCUUCUAUGAGAAUAGCAAAUUAGUGUCUGAAAAACACGGUGUUGAUCGUGGUUCAAACUUCAAUUCAGUUGUGUUGGAUUAUCCAUCAGAGCGUCUCACUUCGAUAAGUGGUUCAUUUCGAUUAUCGGUAAAUGGAACUCAAAGUACUUUGAGCUCAAUAUCAUUUGGAACCAAAAAGGGCUCCUAUGGACCAUUUGGGAGUAAUGCAACUGAUGACAGACACUUCAACUUUCAGAUAGGAAAGCAUGGUACUUUUGGUGGAUUUCACGGCAGCGGGCAGCAUACGUGA